ACGGUUACAGCGACGUCAUUACGUCGUUACAGUGCGACACGAGUCGUAGAGAUUCGGCUAAUAAACGUCCGCAGCGGUUUCGCGUGCUUUACAAGUUUUAUAAAAGGUUUUUAUGCUGGAUGUAUUGUUUUAGACGUUUAGCCAUUACUCUUGGCGUCCUCUUUUAUUUUGCCGGACAUUAUCUUCAGCAGCGUAACGUCGAACUCGCUUUCGCUUCGUUGGACUCUGUCUCCUCGUCUUCAUAUCCUCGAAACACACACAGCCCGCAUUCAUAUUCAUAUAACGUCUUAUUGUACGCGUCCAGCCCGCUUCACACAAUGGAAGAAGAGAGCCGCAGCCGCGCGGAAGUCGAAGUCAGCUUAGAUUUGCUGGAGCUGCUGCGCAUCGACGUCGAGCACGAGCCCGCGUGCGACCGAGAGGAGACCACGUGCUCCAAGAACGUCAUGCGCAAGCAGCGGAACUGGGAGAGAAGACUGGAGGCCAAGAGAAGCAGGAGAAGAGAGGAGAAACAAAGAAAGAAGUUCAACAAGGCCGAUAAAGAUGCGAAUGAGCCGCAGCUCAGUAAACGUGUCAUUAAAGCGAUGACCAAAGAGAGACUGGAGGAGGCCAGAGGAGCAGGACCCGGCCUGUGUGUCGAUCUCAGCAUGACGGACCGCCUGUCUGCCAAAGAAGUUAGCCGUCUUGCGUGUCAGAUCAGGCGCCUCUACGGAUGCAACAAGAAAGCCUCGCGGCCUUUCCGCGUGUUUCUGACGGAGUUAAAGGAGGACAGUCUACUACACGGAGAAUGUGUUCGGAUGAACGACGGCUUCCGGAAUUAUUUGAUUGAUGUGACCGAGGAGAGCUGGUUUCAUCUCUUUCCCUCUGAAGAUGUGAUAUAUUUAACCCCGGACUCAAAUGAAGCUUUAGAGUCCGUGGAGGAAGAUAAAGUCUACAUCCUCGGAGGUUUAGUGGAUGAAACCAUACAGAAGAAAAUAAGCUACACGAGGGCAAAAGAGCUGGGCGUUCGCACGGCGCGGCUGCCGAUCGAUGAGUACAUGGUGAAGAGACCAAACUCCAAAAACUUCCACUCCAAAGUCCUCGCCAUCAAUCAAGUGUUUGAAAUCCUUCUGACGUUUCGGGACACCAAAGACUGGACCAAAGCGCUCGCUGCUGGAAUACCUCCAGGAAAGGGUUACAUGGUGCCAUCAUCUGUAGACACGCACCGGCUUAUGAGCCCUUGAGCUUGUAAGUGUGUUAUGAACUCGCCUGUAUAUUAGAUAACUCAAAACCGUCAUGUUUUUAAAAUACUUGACUGCUUCUUUUGUAUUCGGUUUUCUCAGGGAUGGUUUUUGCACAAACACUGUCAACCUUAAAGCCUGUGGUUAACGGCCACCGGAUCACAUUACAAGUGAUAAAGUGAUGACAAACUGUGUCUUUUGCUGAAAGCCGUCUUUCGGUGUCAGGGAGUCUAGAUGGUCUUUUACUGUAUAGCGGCGCAUUGGGCCUUUGUCUUUGUAAUAACUAAUCUUGAAUUAGUUAAGCAUCAGCGCACCCUGUUGGCUGAUAUCUGUAAAGGCAUAAUGUAUUGCCUUCACUAAAGCCCACUGGAGAUGGUGUGUAUAUAUAAAUGAACUCUCCCUCAGGCCAUCCAAGGUGUAGAUGAGUUUGUUUCUUCGUCAGAUUUGGAGAAAUAUAGCAAUACGUCACUUGCUCAGUGAUGGAUGCUCUGCAGUGAAUGGGUGCCGUCAAGAAUGAGAGUCCAAACAGCUGAUAAAAACAUCACAAUCAUCCACACCACUCCAAGCUAGUAUCUGUAAAUAUUAAGCUGCAAAAAUUGUGUGUGUGUGUGUGUGUGAAUGAAUGGCAAAGACACACAGUUUUGUUUGCCACAUUGAAGUGUGUGAAGCUCGCGGUGAUUUCAGCGUCUCAAAAAAUGUGAAUAUUGUAAAAAAGCUUAAUUUUUUGUAACUUAUUUCAAAAAGUGAAACUUUCAUACAUAUCUUGAAUUUAUUGCAGGGAAAGCAAAACAUUAAAAAAAAAAGCGUUUUGUUUUAAUUUUGAUUAUUACUGCUCGAAGUCCAGGAUCUCAAACGUUUCAUUAAAUGACCUUUGAUAGAAA